AUGAAAGUAUGUUCUAUUUUCAGAUCUGGGCAUUUUUUAUUUCUGCUUUGUCUUUUUGCCGUGGAAGGCAAAAAGUCACCUACAGGAAAACAUACCUGCCGAAAAGGACUCCUCUCCCAGCUGACAGAGAACCUGUAUAUCAAGGCAACUAGUUUAAAAUCAUCUGUUCCUAAGGAUCUCAUCAAGACCACAAGACUGCUUAAAAAGACUACAAAAAUGAUGUUUAUGACAAACUGCAGUGUUCGAGAUCAGCUCCUCUCCUUCUAUGUGAAAAAUGUCUUCUGUCGUCUUGAGGUAGGAAGUGACAAGUUGUACUUUAUUAGUGCCUUCCAGGUCCUGCAAGCAAACAUGGAUGCCUGUCUUCCGUGUGCUCCAUCCACAAGGUUAACUUCUGCAGUCAAGAAAUUAAAGAGAAUGUUUCUCAAGCUUGGAGAUAAGGGAAUCUACAAGGCCAUCCAUGAGCUGGACAUUCUCCUUCCCUGGAUUCAGGCCUACAUACAAACCAUCAUAUGA